AUGAAUAAUUCAUACAUUCGUCUUUAUAUUACAUUUAUUUUUUUAUCAGUUUACUUCGUUAUUAAUACACAAAGUGAUUCCCUUUCUACUUUGGAAUCAACUAUAAUUGCUCAUGGUGGACAAGUGUUGCGAAUAACUGAUCCUCAAUACAAAGCAGCAGCCACUCUUCAUAAUAGAGCAAUACAAAUAUGGCCCGAUCUCAUAUUACGUCCUGCGACUUAUGAUGAUGUUUCAUUAGCACUUUCAACACUUUCUUCUCUUCAAAUACCUAUUCGUAUAAUGGGAGGUCGACAUAGUUACGGCGGUUAUUGUAGUCAUCAAGGUAUAGUUCUUGAUUCUGCACUUCUAAAAGGCCUUAAAAUUGAUUUGGCAACUGAAACGGUAAUUAUGCAAGCAGGUGUUAUAUGGGACGAUGUUUAUAGAGCUUUAAAUGGAUCUGAAUAUGUUGUACUGGGUGGAUUAUGUCCAACAGUAGGUGUUGUAGGUUUUGCAUUAGGCGGUGGUUAUAAUGCGAUGUAUAGUCGUUCGUUUGGUCUUGCAUCCGAUAAUGUCCUUAACUUUACAGUAGUAUUAUACAAUGGAAGUGUUGUGACGGCAUCAUCUAAAACUAACUCAGACCUAUACUGGGCACUUCGUGGUGGUGGAGGUGGAAAUUUUGGUUAUGUUGUAGAAAUGACACAAAAAAUACAUCGAAUCAAUGAAACAAAACUGCCAAAUGGUCAAUUUUCAUUUUUAAAUAUUACUUGGGUAAAGGCAGAUACCAGAACAGCUCUUACCAAUUGGUUGACAUUUUUAAAAGAGGUUGGUGAUACUGAUACUCGUAUUUCUUUCAAUGUAAUUGUGAUUGUUAACGGGGGAAGUGACGUUCUUAUGAUGUACUGUUCAUUCAACGGGCCACACGUAGAAAUUGACUCAGUGUUUGGACUGUGGUUGUCACAAAAUCCGAAACCAACCUUUUUCAACGUGUUCAACUAUACACAAUCUGAUAUAAGUAGAGAACUGGGUAUUCCAUUUCCUGUAGUAAACCGAGAACAUGUUUUAUCGGCUAUGGCUAUUAAUAUCACUGACGCUAUGUUGGAUGUUAUUUUGGAAUUUCAACCAAAUUCUACUGCUGAAAUUGGAUCAUGGACGGAACUCAUUUAUCUCAAUAAUGCGAACAAAGAUAAAGAUACAGCCUACGCUUUUCCUGAUAUUUCAUUUGAUAUUGCCCCAGGUGUUUCAUGGAAGAAUCCCGAUACUGACCCUUAUGCAAUAGAAAUGAGUGAAAAAUUCCUACAGAAGUUAAUAGAUGCAGCAGCACCUACAAAAAGUAUUGUUGGAGCAUAUCUUAAUUAUAUUGAUCCAUAUUUACCAAAUUGGCAAACAAUGUACUAUCGUAAUCAUUGGGAUCGUCUGCGAGAGAUUCAAACAAAAUGGGAUCCGACAUGGUAUUUUCGCUUUCCACAGGGUAUUCCACCCUAUAAGCAACAGUCGAACGCAUAUAAAUUAACGAACAAAAACAUGGUUACUAUCGGUAGCCUCAUUAUGUUUUGUGAAACACGAUUAUUAAUGAUUGCUGAAGUAUAUAGCGAGGAAAGUGAACCAUUCCCCGGCCUUUUCAUAUUUAUGGAUCCUGACAAAGACAUCGAGGAAAUAACCAUGAUUAUGAAUGACCAAGUAGCAGCCUGGAACAGAGGUGAUAUCGAUGAAUUUAUGAAUGUUUACUGGAAAUCGGACAGUUUAGCAUUUAUUAACAAAAACGGAAUUAAAUAUGGCUGGAAAACCGUACUGGAUGAUUACAAACAAAGAUAUCCAAAUAAGGAUAUGAUGGGAAAACUUAUAUCUGGUAUUUUAAAAAUUGAAUUACAAUCUCCCGUUUCGGCUUUUCUUGUCGGCAAAUGGGAUUUAAAACGUAAAGAAAAUAAUGAUGUUGGCGGCUAUUUUACCCUGCUUUGGAAAAAAAUAGACGGAAAAUGGUUAAUAACGACGGAUCAUACCAGUUAA